GACUUCGACGCGCUCCUUGCUCCUGCUGACAGUGCCUCCUGUUCACGACCGCGAGCGUUUGCGUUUUCCCUCAAACUGGCUGGCGCGGUCGCGGUCUGUCAUUGCUUGUCAUUUCGCGAGUAAAAUGGCCAGUGUCGGUUUUCGGUGGCUUGAUAUAUUGGAAAAGGAAUUCGACAAGGCCUUUGUAGACUUGGAUUUAACCGUCGGUGAAUUGGACUCGGAGGAGCCUGUCAUUGUCUACAAUGUGCGGCAGAAGCUGUGCACUCUUAGUUCAUGCUUCGCUCAGCUGACGCACAAGGCGCAGACGAUAUUUCAGAAUAGUGCAAAAAUUGAGGCUGAAUUGAUACACAUGCGCGCUGAAUUGGUGGAUUCAAAGGCGAAGCGUGAGAUUCUGGAACAGGAGCUGCACAAUCUUCUGCUGCAAUUGCACUCGACGCAACUGUCGAAAAUUCCCAAAGCAAAUGGCACAUUCAAACCGGACCCGGCCAAUUUCAAGCCCGAUGUUAAUAACAUUACAAAACUGGAUGAUGAGAUAAAGAAGAGUCCUAGUCACAUUGUGAGCAUAAAGAAUUGCGGCGAUGAUGUUGAAUUCAAGGCGGAUUUAAUGGAACUCAAGCAGUUGCGCUGUGAGAAUCGCCAACUGCAAGAGGAGAAUAUUGCGCUGCGGAAUCAAUCGCUAGCGCUUAAUAGUGAAGUCUACGGUGCGAAAUUAGCGGCGAAAUAUUUGGAUAAAGAGCUUGCUGGGCGAAUACAACAGUUACAACUUUUAGGAAGAGAAAUGCGUGGAGACGUGCGUGAUAAACUAUGGCGUCAGCUGGAGUCGGAGAUUCUGCUACAGAGACACAAGACUGUGGUGCGUGAAUGCCGCCGGAAUAGUAUCCUUAAUGGCAGCGACAAGUCUUCGACGGCGAAGCGUGACCUGCCUGUGCCUACGCUCACUGAGCACUUUGGCGACGUGCGGACAGUUGUAGUCAAGCGGAAACCCAGCCAAGGAUUAGGUAUUAGUAUAACUGGUGGACGUGAGCAUGGUGUACCUAUACUAAUAUCCGAAUUGGAAUCGAAUGGACCGGCUGCAUUAUCCGGCGAGUUGUACAUUGGCGACGCCAUUUUAUCUGUCAACGAGAAAGACCUACGACAAGCAUGCCACAAGGAAGCUGUUGAUAUUCUCAAGCAAAAUUGUGAGGAGUGUCGCUUACAGGUUCAGUAUAUUGCCGCUGAUGACAGCGACAAUUCCCUGGAAGAAGAUGGAUUCCAUUUUCGUUUCUUUGACAACAAUGUGUGUGAUCCGAACGACGACAACAGUAUAAACAGCCGGAAUAAUUUCAACACGCCGACGGCGCCGCGCACGCCCGAAUCCGUCUCUUAUCAGAGCGGCACUACCUCGAGACUAAACGACUUCCUCACCAGCGGGGACCCUGUGAAACCAUACCACGUGUCGCCGGAGAUUCAGAAAGUCAUCGAUUCAUUGCAAACCAAGGAUGUGUACAACUUCUCUGCGCAUCUUACGACGAUUUCCAAUAUGGCGAAUAAUCAACCCAGCACGCCUAAUAAUAACGCUAAGGAUUUUCUCACCGGUGACGAUGUGCACUUUCUCAACAUGACUAUUAACAACGAUAUUAACCGAAACGAUGCGGUGACUAACGAUCUUAUUCUGCUGGACAAUCAGCGCACUGCUACCAGUAAUCCAGACAACUUUAACUGUUCAACAAACUCGCUCAAUUCGGAAAAUCUAUCUUCACCGAUGCAGACCAGCACAGAUAUGUUCAUGGACUCUGAGGUAUUAUCCACAGACAUGGCAAGUAAUGAUUCGCACUCUCCGAAGACAAACGAUGUGAAUAUUAAGAAAUUCGAGGCGAUUUACGGCUCUAAUGAGACAUUUUCCAACACAAAAAGUGAUCAAAGCUUGUUGAAUUCAAGCUGCGAGAGUUCCCCAGUUCAUAAAUCUAGUCGCGACUAUAAAAAGACAAAGAAAUUCAAAUCGAAGAAAUAUUUCGGAGUUAAAACUCUGCAGAGUAUUUUUAACAAACACGAUGGUUAUUCGGAUAUUUCAAGCAAUGCUUCGGACUGCCCCGAUGAUGAACGAUCAGAACCUGCGAAAAUCACCGAAGUAAAAGUUGCAGACACACCGAAACCGGAAGUUUCUGUUCAGAAUACAAAUGACACGCCUAAUUUGACAGAAAACACUUCUCCGACUUCUGCAAAUCAAGCAGAAACACCUUCCGAUACGACUACUUAUAAAUAUCGUACGAUAUUAACCGAAACAAGUCCGCAAUUCGAGGAGAAUAUUCAUUCUUUCCUAUCGGAGAUCUUCAUGAAGAACUUUCAAACACCCGACACGCCUGAAACGACCGCCACGACGAGUAAAAUGGGAACUAAGAGGUAUUUACGCGUUGGUAAAGCAUUGCGAUUGUGUUCUAAUGAAGAUAAUGUUGCUGCGCUCAAUGAUUACGAGCAGCGCCGCGAGAAACUACUCGCUAGGUAUGUGUACAACUCUAAUUCGCUGAGUGCUGAUGGCGAGGGUAAUCCGGAUUUCGGUACGCCUGUUUAGUUGAUUAAAGGCGAGGGAAACGUCAUUAGAUUAUAGAUUUCGCACUAAUUACAUAAAUGGUUCAUGCAUUUGUAAACCAGGCCAUUUUUUGGUUUACAUUAUAGGUUAGGAACGUAUUUCUGUUGUGUCGUUUAAAAAUGAAGUAAUUUUUGAAGUUAUAUUGAUGUUUUUUGUGUUAAAAACAUAAAAUUUUGUUUUCUAAAGAUUAAAAAAUGCAUGAAUCAACAUAAAACGAUAAAAAUUGCACAAAACUAACACAAAUCUAUAUCAAAGUCGUGAAAUAUUAGAGAAAAAUCAAGCAAACAAGCAUGAGAAAUUAAUUUUCUUCUUCGGAGCAGAAUAGAAAGAUAUUUAUUUUUAUAAUUUCCGCAAUGCAGGGUGCAGAAUACCUCUGUAGACUUGAAGAGACGUAGCGUUUAUUUUUGGAAUACGAAUGUGAACAUAAAAGUAGACCCGACCCUGUAUAGUAAAAACCCAACACAACAAGAAAUUUGUACAUACAUUUAUAUUUUGACAAGUGAAACCUAAAAAAAAACGUAGUGUUUUGUGUUCGAGAUGUCGACUUUUUCAAAGAUGAUUGCGAACUGUUUGCUCCAAUAACUAAGCAAUUUAAUACCUAGUCACGCAUUACAUUACAUUAUUCUCUCUUCCAUUUAAAUUUUAAUAAUAUAAAGUAUAAAAUGUAUAAGAUUUAGAAAUGCAACAGUUGAUGCAGGCGGUGAUGAAACAAAUGAAACUCAUCCGUAGACGAUACUCGCAUACAAUAUACACACACAAACAAUGAAAAUGCCUUGAUUGUAAAAAGCAGCAGCAUAAAAAAGAAAAACCGGUAGCAAAAGUCGCAAGUCGAGUGUCGUACCAGACGACAACUAGUAGCUUUUUUAUUCUAUCAACCAGAGGAAGAAGAAUCAGCUUUUAACCUUAGAUGUGAGUGCAUUUGUUGAUGAUUGAUGCGCAAGUGUUACGAAAGUUGCCGGCGACUAGCGCCUUCCCCCCUCUCUCGUAAAUAACAUAACCUCUAGUGUCUCAUAGAUCUCGUUUACGUGUUGAAUGUGUGUAAUAAUAAAUUCUAGGAGAGUAUUCGGGCCUCGCUCAAGUGAUUCACACAAAAAAGGCCUACGUUUUACUUACUAGGUGGUGGUGGGUGGUGGGAGGAGUUGUGGACGCUUUUUUGAUCAGAAACUUUGUAAAUUGUUUAUUACGAUAUACGAAUACAGUACAUAACAAUGACAUUACUAAAGAAGACAGAUAUCUGCGUGUUUUUUCAGACACACACGCUUUUUUAAAUGCGCGUGAGCAAUUCAAUUCAAUCGACGAUAGUGCAAGACAGAAGUCGUACAUAUUUGAUGUUUUAAUAUGAUCUUUGGGAUUUACACGUAGCCGCCACGUACUAAUAUUAAUUGAAAUGCUAUCGUUAUUGAAAUUUAUACAAUAUUGAAUAGACCUAUACUGUUAUCGUUAUUAAACAUAUCUGUGAGCAGUAAUAAACUAUCAUAUUGCUAUGA